CGGGAGAAGAAAAAAAAAAAAAAAGGGAAGCACUCCGCCCAGCUCCAGAGCCUCCUACGGAUUUCACGUCUUGUCGCGCAACGGAGGCCGAGAGUUCAAUUGAGGACGUAGACUCGCCUCGCUUCAUUGCGGACGGCGGCGGCGAGAGCGACCGGAGGGACAGCGCGCGCCCCCCGCGAAAAGUAGACUCACCGGCGACGAGAAGCGGAAGGCUGUACGGGAGGACAUCGAGGGGGCCUACCGGGAUGUUUCCGAGUUUCGGCUGGCUCGGCUUGGGCUGCCUCUUCCUGGCGGUCGAGUCGCGGACGGGCCACAUCACACCGCCGCGAAAUAUCACCAUACGCUGGAUUACCGACUUCCAACCGGAGCUGACCUGGGAGCCGUCCCGGCACUGCGGCUCCAGUUGCAGCUAUACGUUGUCCGCUGAAAUCAACGACGAUACGCCCCAAUAUGAAAUUGAGAAUUGCACUUCCGCUUCCUGGAGUCGAGAGUUUGGGAUUGAAGGAGGACUUCUGAAUUUUAAUAUUAAAACUGUCUGUGGUAACGAGACAAGUGAGCCAGCUUUCUUCAACGCCUCUUACCCAGAGAUGGUGAAGAAUCUCAAGUGCUACAUCCGUUCCUCCAAACAUUCUCACUGUUCCUGGGAGUCAGCCAGUCCAACUAAAGAUCUCGGUUUUUUCUAUCGAUUGACAGAAGAUAGUUUGGGUGAAAAUGAAAACGACCAUGCCAGUUCAGCCCCCUUACAAGAGUGCCCAUCGUACAGUUUCACUGAUGACGUCAGGACUGGUUGUGACCUGCAGGCGAGGACCACAGAUCGCAUCUCCAUCGUACUUAACGGGACAGUGAACAACAAGUUUGUCAGGAACACCUUCAGCAGAUAUUUUCGAAACGAUGUGAGACCUUUUCGGCUUGAGUGGACAGUCAAUAAGACUGUGGAUAAAUUCAAGAUCAGCUGGAUUCCUCCUGACAUCAUGACUGAUCUCUGGAAAUUCAGAAUGAACUACACUGAGUGUAACGAAAUAAAGGGGACAGACAUAAUACACGAAACAUCAGCUGAGCUGGACCUGGUCUCCCACUGUCACUAUUGCAUGAAUAUUAAAGCUGUGUACGAAGGCUUUAGUUCACCACCGAGCGAGCAGAAGUGUUUUGAUGCAGAUAAAGAUCCGAAUACGUUGGUGUACGCUGCCAUUAUCCUCCCAUUGAUGUCUUCUGGCCUGGCAGCCCUGGUUUUUGUGUGUUACAGGAAGUAUAAGGCAAAUAUCUUCCCCAAAGUACCACAACCUCGGGACCUCCUCAGCGAUAUUUCGGACAACAACAAUAAGAGCACGGUCUGCAAUCUGUACGUCCCGGCCGACGAAGAAGAGAGCUGUAAAAUCACUCUAGUUACAGAUCCCAAAUCAACAAACCACACUGCUGACACAUCUCUGCAGUGGUGACAACUGGCAUCAGGGAAGAGAUUCUUGUUGAACUGAUUGGGGGGAAAAAAAGAAAAAGAGAUUUUACUGUUUAGCUGAUGAAUCCAGGAGAUUUUUAGGAGGAUGCUUGUGUAAAAGGACCCCUUUGAACAUGCUUUGGGGCCUCUUUUUUUUUUUUUUUUUUUUUUGUGACAUUUUGAUUAGCCAAGUGUGUGGCAGCAGCAGCUACUACUUUCCCAUGCAGUGUUUUUCACAUAUUAAUGAAGGGCGAUGCAGAGGUAAGUCGCGCUGAAGAGCAUGGAAGUGAAUGUCCUUAUCAGGACACAGCAAACCUCCCACCAUAUUAAGUUGAAUUCACAGUCUAAACAAUAUUCUAGAAACAUUUCAGUUCCUACAAUUCCUACUAUGUUAUUUUGACAUGCAGUUCCUUUUUUGGAGAUGUAAUGAGUUAGUUACAGUAUAUUUGCCCCUAAUCAGAUUUGCUUGUUUUUUUUUGUCCUCGACGGAAUGAACCCAAAGCAUCACUCUAUCACCCGUUACUCUACGUGGCCAUAGACAUGUAGACGUUGUUUCCACUAAAUAACUAAAUAAUACAUAAGCCCCCCCCCCCCAGCGAGCCGCUCCGCUUCAGGCACUACUUUGGAAGACUCCCACGGGGUCACGACAUGCAGCUGUUGCAACCCCAGCCGCAGGGCCUCAUGGGAAAUGGGAAGACAUCGAGAGUUGAGCAACAUUGAAUCGAAAGAGAACGGGCUGAUCUAUACAACCAUGUGUCCCUAGACGUUCUGCUGCAAUACAUUUUCAGACAGUGACUCGCUUUUUUUUUUUUUUUUUU